AACGAGGAAGUGUGUCAUGUAGGAUUGCCGUCUGAACUGCAGUUGCACGGACAAGUUUUUAAAUAUUUAAGCGAAACGAUACUUGACGUUGACUGAUGUCUCCGGCUUCUGGGAUGUUGCUGGACGAGACCCUACUGUUUGACCCUAUUCUGCUCCAGGAGUUAGACUGGAGCAGCAGCACUGUGUCCUUCUCUCCCCCCAUCAACCCCUCUAAACCUGGGGAGGGCCUGAUCCUCCGGCCCCUCUGCCUGGGUGACUUGGACAGAGGAUUGUAUAAGGUCUUGUCACAGCUUACAGUGGCAGGGGACGUAACAAAAGAACAGUUCAAAGCAAAAUUUGAACACAUGAAGAAAACGGGGGACUAUUAUGCCAUUGUGGUGGAGGACACAAAUCUUGGACAAAUCGUUGCCACAGCAACACUCAUCAUAGAGCACAAAUUCAUUCAUGGCUGUGCAAAGAGGGGGCGUGUUGAAGAGGUGGUGGUAAGUGAUGUAUGCCGAGGAAAACAGCUGGGCAAACUGCUGGUGUCAACGUUGACUCUGCUUAGCAGAAAACUGCAGUGCUACAAAAUAACCCUGGAGUGCUCACAGAAAAAUGUGGAAUUUUAUAAGAAGUUAGGCUACACAGCAUCAGAAGAGACCUACAUGCAGUGUCGGUUCUUUGACUGAUUCCUGCAAUUCUCAUGGGAUUAUUACUGAAGGUUCGAACCUCCCAACUUCUGGGCUCAGAGAAACUGUGUUGGUCUACCUCGACUUUGCACUGUUUUCAUGGCUUGCUCUUUAGGUAUUCUUGGUAGACUGAUAAAAGUGCAAAAAAAAAAAACCCCAAACAAAAUAAUGAAGGAAUUUGGUAAAAGCAGAAUCUGAAGAACCAGUUAUUAAUUUUUUCAGAAAAAUAAUGUGUAAGCCUACAAGGUAGAUACUAUCAUGUGUGUUCUCUUAAUGGGGAUCACUUAUUAGUCUUGGUUAUUGUUCACUGGAGGCUAUACAUCCAGUGUCUAGGAGCAUCUUGAUUUGUUUUCUAAUACAGAUCUAUUCUUUUGUACUCUAUCUAGUAAUUUAUAUUUUUAAGUAUAAUAAAGAAUGCCAAAAUCUUCUGUGUAAGCAAAUACAGCACCAAAAUAUUCUCUGGAAAGAAAUUGUGAUUUACUGUGAAAUAUGAGGCAUAGUUCCUUACCCGUUUUGCUCAUUAUACCCAAGCAUUUUGCAUAUUAAUGGGAUUGCAACUGUAGAAAUCAGUCAUGUCUGGGGUUAUAAAUUCCAAUAAAACAUGUAACCUAUAGACUACCCUUUGCUUGUGUAUAAUGGGAACCUGAUUGAAUUUUAGUUUCUCUUUAUGGCUGUAUAGUUAUAUUUUAUUGAUUAGCAUGCAUUAGGGAAAAUAUCUGACUCAAAAGAAAGUAUACCCAUCACUACAUCAUAAAUACAUUUAUUUUUAUAUUUUUAUAUUAUGAAUGUGAGGAAUUAAAAUGGGUUAUAUUAAACAACAAUCCACUUUACAGUUCUGUUUAUAUACUGUACAAUGUGGCAGAUCCACAUUCUACAGCUGUUACAGGUGUACAAUAGUGUAAAAGCUUUGUGUGUUUAAUGGGAAAACUGGUAAUUUAUUAAAAUACUUUUUAAAAAAUGAGA